AUGAGCUCCGAAGAACAGAAGCCGACACCGGAGAAUGGCACCCUUUUCCAGGGCUUUGAGUGGAACGUUCCCGAUGACCACAAGCACUGGAGGCGACUAGCCGAGCAGCUUCCUAAGCUAAAAGCCAUCGGUAUCAAAAACAUCUGGCUACCUCCUGGCUGCAAAGCCGCAAACCCCAAGGGCGUUGGCUACGACAUCUACGAUCUGUAUGACCUUGGCGAGUUUGACCAAAAAGGCCAGAAAGGCACCAAAUGGGGUACUAAAGACGAACUGCUCGAGCUCACCAAGGUUGCCAAGGAACACGGCGUAGGCCUCUACUGGGAUGCAGUGCUGAACCACAAAGCCGGCGCUGAUAGAACGGAGAAAUGCCGCGUUGUUGAGGUUGACCAGAACGACCGGACUAAAGAGAUCUCCGACGCUUAUGAGAUUGAGGGCUGGCUAGGUUUCGACUUCCCGGGCCGUGGCGAACAGUACUCCAAGAUGAAGUACCACUGGGAGCACUUCUCAGGUACGGACUGGGAUCAAGCCAACGAGAAGAAAGCCAUCUUCAAGAUUCUUGGCGACAACAAAGGCUGGUCGCAAUCUGUGGACGACGAGCAAGGCAACGCGGAUUACAUGAUGUUCGCCGACAUCGACUACUCACAUCCUGAAGUUCAGGAAGACGUGAAGAACUGGGGAGUAUGGAUUACAAAGGAGAUUGGCUUGAAGGGCUUCCGAUUAGACGCUGUCCAACAUUUCAGCUCAAGGUUUACAAACGAGUGGAUUCAGAAUUUGCGUAAACAGUGCGGAGACGACAUCUUCGUGGUCGGUGAAUUCUGGUCGGGCGACGUAAAGGAGAUGAGCGACUGGCUUGAAGGUAUGAACCACGAGUUCGCUCUCUACGACUCGCCUCUCUUGAACAACUUUGGAUCAAUCUCCACAACCGAGUCGGGGGAUCUUAGGAAGGUCUACGAUAACACGCUUGUUCAAAUGCGACCCACGAAUGCUGUUACGGUCGUAACAAACCACGACACACAGCCAGGACAGGUCAUGGAGACCAAGAUUGAGGGUUUCUUCAAGCCCCUCGCCUAUGCCCUCAUCCUGCUGAGGCAGGAGGGUUACCCAUGUCCUUUCUAUGGUGACCUCUAUGGUCUCUCCGAGCCACACGAGACUCCCGCUUCAUGCGGCGGAAAGCUUGCUGAUCUUAUUCUUGCACGAAAGCUCUUCGCGUACGGAACGCAAGAAGACUAUUUCAACGAAGCCAACUGCAUCGGAUUUGUGCGUCGUGGAACAUGGGAUAGGAAAGCGGGUCUAGCGUGUGUUAUGAGCAACGCAGGACCUGGUCAGAUCAAGAUGGCUGUUGGAGAGAUGCACGCGGGUGAGAAAUGGACUGAUAUUCUUGGGUGGGAAGAAGGCGAGGUUGAGAUCGACAGCGAAGGAUACGGAUUGUUCAAGUGCCCAGGCACUAGCGUUGCGGUUUGGGUGCGGAGCGAUGCUGAAGGACGAGAUCAGUUUCCCACAAACUUCGAUGCGAAUAUAUACCACAAGGAAUAG